AAUUCCUGUAGAAAGUGGUUGCAGCGACGCGCUCCCAGUCCCAGGGCUCGACCGAUCGACGGGCUCCCUGAGUGAGCGUGAUUCCUCGUGUUUCCUGCGCUCGAGUGAGCUCGGGUGCUCGAAGGAAUCAUGGCGGUUUCUCAGCUCAUCGUGGAUCAAUUAAAGAAGCUGGGGUAUUUAUUUUACGCGGCGCCGCCCGAAGAUAUAUUCGUCGAGAAACUCGAAGACAAAAAGGCUUUCAGUGUUGAGGUGAUUCCGGCCUUCGUGAUUUUGAUCGUACUCGAACAGCUAUGCAAUUGGUGGGAGAACAAGUUCUCGGCGAGAUUCUCCGCCAACGAUGCUGUUACGUCAGCAGCCCAGGGAAUGAUAAUGGAGAUAGGGGGGAUCCUCACCGGCGGCAUCGGAAUUCUGUGCUACGUGUGGGUUCACGAGAACUACCGAGUUGCCGAACUGCCAUGGGACUCGUGGUCGACCUGGCUGGUCACCUUCCUGGCGGUCGACUUCGGGUAUUACGUCGUUCAUAGAGCAGCUCACGAAGUCAAUAUUUUCUGGGCCGCUCAUCAAGUUCACCAUAGCUCGGAAUACUACAAUCUCAGCACGGCUCUCCGACAAUCUGUUCUCCAGGAACAACUCACUUUCUUCUUCUACCUCCCGCUUGCUCUGUUCAUACCUCCGCAAGUUUAUGCGAUCCACAAGGAGCUCAACCUGUUGUUCCAAUUCUGGAUUCACACUCAAGUCAUCGAGAGAAUUGGACCUCUGGAAUACAUUCUCAACACCCCGUCUCACCACAGAGUCCAUCACGGUCUCAAUCGAUAUUGCCUCGAUAAGAAUUACGCAGGCGUUCUGAUCAUCUGGGACAGGAUGUUCGGAACCUUCAUUGCCGAAGGAGAAGAGGUCGUCUACGGAGUUACUAAGCCAGUCAAGACCUUCGAUCCUUUCCAAACUCAGUUCGAUUACCUGAAGUACAUCAUCAAACGAUUCCGCCGACAGAAGACGUGGGCGAGCAGGUUCGGCGUUCUCUUCAAAGGACCUGGAUGGAGUCCAGGAAAGCCACGUCUCGGGAAUGUGGAGGAUCUUGAGGACGUGCACGCUCCAACCACCGUGUGGAAUCCCGAAGUUGCGUCCUGGAUAGCUUUCUACGGAGCCUUCCACUUCCUCGUCCUCGCUGCGGACUACGUAGCGAUCGCCAAUGCGAAAGUCGUGAACGGGAGUUUCUACGACCUGGCCUUACAGGCGCUCUACGUGUUCUUCUCGCUGACCGUGAUUGGGGCUCUUUUCGAAGGUCGAGAAAGAGCCAAAUCACUGGAAGUCGUCCGGGUCGUGUUUUACCUCGCUGCGACGCAGAUUCUGCCAGUAUUCUCCUUCGAAUCCCGUUUCGGUCGGAGUCGCGGCGCCUUCGAGUUAUCUAUGCUCACGAUCCACGCCCUCUCUCUGCUAUUCAUCGUUAUCCAGAUCCUCAAGGGCCGUCCACUGAAAAAAUCAAACACAUUAUCAGUGAAGCAGGCCAACUACCCUGGCGCGAAUGGGAGAAUCAACACGUGUAUUCCCCGAGAAACCGUUGAUGAGGAAGACCCUACCGAAAAAGCCACGAAGACCGAAUGAGGACUCGACGAGUCGAUUUCUCACACAACCUCAAAGAUUGACGCAAUAAAAAUCUCCUAAUCC